GAGGCGCUACACAGCUGCCACGUGAUGUCACCAGAGAAAAUGAAACAUGGCGGAGCAAAGGUGACGGUUUGUGAAAGUUGGCGAUAACUGCGAGAACAAAUUUUGACCCUCCUUGUCUUUGUCGCAGGUGUUUGAACCUUUAGGUGAGCCGCAGCUGUAUGCUUAUACCUUAAUAGGUUCCGCACAUGAACUGGGAGGCCGUAGUUGAGUUUGUUCGUCUGCAGUGGCCUUACCGAACCGGGCAUUAGCUGUUAGCCGCGUUAGCAGCUAAACCAGCGCCUGCUUUUGUUUUUGUCGGGGCCCGGGGAUUGUGUGCUAGAGGGCUGACAUUUUUAAAGCCUUUUGGCUUCUUUUUUUUUUUACACUUCGCCUUAUUUUUCAAAGACCAUAUCCCCACACUGGACUGUGCAGCUGAUCUAUUUUUAAAUAGACUUUAGGUUUUCGUAUUGCACUGCGGUUGAGGCGUGCUGGCAGUGCUCUCCGCUAAGGCCAACCACACAACAAAGCCAUACGUGUUACACAGCUAACACACAACAGACUGUGUCUGCUUGCCCAGGAACUAUGGAUCCAAAACGCGCACACGACAAACCUCAAACGAGCGGCGGCGGUGGCGGCAGCAGCGAGGACUCCAGCUGCGGGAGCCCCGCGUCCCCCUCGAGCAGCCCCGCACAGCCAUCGAGCAAACCCCUGAUGCCUGGGGGCAACGUGUUCGCUAACGACGGCAGCUUCAUGGAGCUGUUCAAGAAGAAGAUGGAAGAUGAGAGGAGGAAAAAGGAGAUGCAGCAAACAGGUGGAGAUGCCAGAGCCACCGAGCAAGGACAGACACCAGUGGAAAAGAAGGCCCCACCCGUGACGAGCUUUGUGGGGAAGCGCCGAGGCGGUGUGUUCCUAAAGACCGGCAUUGUUGCGAAGAAGCAGAAACAAGACACAGAAGCUGAGCCAGGCAAGAGCGAUGCUUGGUCUAAGUACAUGGCUGAGGUGAAAAAGUACAAAGCCCACCAGUGUGGCGACGACGACAAAACCAGGCCUCUGGUCAAGUAGGCUCCAGGAGGUGGAAAUGAAGUGCUUUGCUGGUGGGGGGCAACUACCUGGGACAACCUCAACGAGGGCCUGCCAAUCCUCGCCUCCUGUACUAUCAGUUCGAGUUGCCCUUCAUUUUUACAUCAUUCACAAACUGCUUAGAUUUACCCACCCCCUUUUUUUGUUUUGUUUUUUUAAUUGUUUUUGUCUUGCUUGUUACUUGUUGGACUCUGUUCAUUUGAGUUGAUGUCAAAAAAUAUUUCAGACACUUGAACAUUUAUUAUUGAGGACCUUUUGCAUUUUUCAUGUCUGGUUUAUUUGGGGUUUCAUUAAGGACUAAGUUGAUUUAAUAGCUAAAUCAAGGGUUCAAUUAAAUCUACACUGCCUAUAAUUGUGUCAUGUUGUGUUUCGACAUUCUCAUAAAUACCACUGUAAAGGCGUCUGAGGAGCAGAGACUGUAUGUAAAAGAUGGCUGUUGUUUGCAGGUCUGAAAAGAGAAGGCAAUGUUGAAAUGUUUUAAGCCUGCAUUCUUUCUUGACUCUGCUUACAAAAUCAGGUCUGAUUGUAUUUGUUAAGGAUCCAGGGACACAGUUUCUGGGCUCUUGCCUUUUUACCAUGUUGUAGUAUUUUGCCAUAUUAGCCAUAAUCAUGUAGCAAGUGUUUAAACAGAGUUUGAUAAAAGUCCUGUGUUCCAGACACUCCUGUGCUGAGUAAGACUGCAGAGUGAACACAAGGCUUAAGAUCAGGCCUUUUUUAAAAUUCUAUUCUUUUAUUAGAUAAUCCAAAUUGUGUAGCAAUAUACGAAUGGCUAGCCUUGUAAUUUCAAUUGGGUGGGGUUAUCUCAGGCAUUGUUUUGACUGAAGUUUGUUUUUGGUAUCUUUUUGCUAAAUGACCUUUGUCUUUGCCACAAUAUGUACUUUCAUCCAACAUGUUCUCUCUACUAAUUGUAUCUCAAUUGGACCAAUUUCCCUAACCCUUCCAGACAUCACUAUUUACUUUUUUCUUUAUGCCCAAAAUUACAGAUGUGUUGUAUUUUAUUUUUAAGAUAACUCCAGUCACUGCACAGUAUAUAAUUUGUUUCCUAGCCAGCUCACAUUCAAACCUAAUCUGUGGAUGUCUGGACAUUAAACCUGGGAGAGACGCCACAUUAAUCAUUCUAUUGGAGGCAAUAAAAAUAGCUAAUGAUGCUAACAGAGAGUUAGCAAAACGAAA